AUGAGUGAAUCGUUUCUAUCGCUAUACUCAGAUAGUUCAAACAUCUCAGGAAGAAGUAAUCAUAAGCUGAUAGAAGUUGGUUCACCGACUUUAGACUCCAUUAAUGAUUUUAGUGCCAGCUGUGCUACUAAGAAGUUCGAGGACUAUCUUUCUGUGUUUGAUCUAACCCCACAAUUGGCUGAUUUCACUGAAGAAUCUAAGUUAUCUGUUGCCCACAGGUGUGUCAACUCUUUAAAGAAGUUACGAUCCAGUUUCGAAAGUGAAUUACCAGUAGUGGUAUCGUUGCAUCUUUCAUUAGAUAAAUAUACGUGGGACCUAUGGAUAUAUCACCAUGGCAGUGAUUUUCCUGUGGAGAACGUUCCUUUGAAGAUUAAUGUGAUCAAGACUUUGAGCCAAACGCUUGAUGAUUAUUCACGUCGAAGUGACUCUCAAUUCGUGGAAGUUAUUGCACGUACACUUCAGUAUCUAAACAAGUUGGUACAGGCGUCAUUACUGAGUGGUGUUCAGCCGCAAAUGAUGACACCCAGUCUUUCUAUGGGCCCACCGCUGAGGAAACCCGGAUAUCAGGAUAGAGAGACUGUUCAUCGCUCUAUAUUGAACUCCAAACGCAGACCAAGUGCUAACGGAAGCGAUUCAGCAUCUAUAAUUAGUGCGAAAAGUUCGGGAAACAAGAGUAUAGCUUCGACGAAGUCAAAGAGAAGCAUUUUCCAAAAAAUGAAAGGUAUGUCACGUUGGUCUCAACACAUUUCAAGCGAAAACAAUCCAGACCAUAAAGGCAGAGCAUCAAGUUCAAUUAGCCCCUUUAACCGACAAUCGUCAUCAAUCCCAAAUAUGAAUGGUUCUGUUAAUUCCAGCUCAUCUCGAGGUACCAAUACCCCAUCUAAUAGAAAGAGUUCUUUUUCUACUAAUUCAUCUGAUGCGACCUUUUUGAACAAUAACAAGACACACUUCAGAAAGCAAGACUUAUCAGGAAUGCCCGAAUACAUCUCGUGGGUACAAAAACUUACAUUUCAGGUCCUACAGCUGCCCCAAACCUCACAGAAUGAUAUCAUUUUCUCUUUCAUCAACAAAUGCAUAAUCCCAUUCAUAUUAAAUGACGGACAUUUACUUCAAAUACAAAUUAUACAGAAAAACGUUAUCUCAGCUUUCCUCAGCGCUUGA